AUGUCCAAUCUAGUUCAACAAUCGAUCAAUAAGGAGUCAUUGCCUUCAUCACUCAAGACUCUACACUUUGGUAUAUGUUUCGAUGGGAUGAUCGAACCGCACUCAUUGCCAGACACAAUCACCAGGUUGAUAUUCAAAUCCAACAUAUACUUUGCACCAUCAUCACACUUCAACAAACCUCUACAGCAUGGCUCACUACCCUCGUCUCUGACCGAACUACGCCUAAGCUCUGUGUUCAAUCAUGAGUUGCCAAUCGGUGUGCUUCCUCAGUCGCUCACAACCCUUAUCUUUGGCGAAGACUAUACGAGGAAGCUCAUCGAUGGUGCCCUCCCUCAGUCACUCACUGAUCUCGAGUUUAGUCCUUUGUAUGAACACGGACUGCCACUGAAGACAGCCUCAGCCUUGCCGGGAUUAAAGAAGUUAAAGAUGUCAAUCUAUCAUUCAGAGCCAUUGCCCAUGGUCGAGACACUUUCCCUGUGUGACGUUGUCGACACACUCAUCAUUGGCAAUAACCUUCCAUCAUGGCCCCCAACAUUGACAUGUCUUACCCUAUCUACAUGGCUUGAGGAGUACCCUCACAUCUUUGGAUUGCCCAAGUUCUCCAGACUUCACUGCAUUCACAUCAACAGCACCUUCAUUGAUCAGUCUGACGUCUCAGUUGGAGACUGUCCAAAGUAUCAACAACCUGCCAACUUCACAAUCACUCAGAACGCUGUGCAUAGAAUUCUUUGA